AUGGCUCCAUAUAUGAAGUCUCUGCUUCUGGUGGCAGCAAUAGUAGUUGCAAUGUCUGAAGGUGGGGAGGCGUGGAAGAUAAGAUUUGCUCCCCUAACGGUGCAGAUCCAGAAUGGUUUGUCUCAAAAUCAGGACUUGACGCUUCAUUGCAAAUCCAAGGACGAUGAUCUGGGAGAACACACCCUACAAAACAAGGCAACCUACGAGUUCAAAUUUUGGCCCAGGUUUUUUGUUCGUACGACGCUGUUUUUCUGCAGCUUUCGGUGGCCAUCAGAUACUUCGCUUCACUACUUCGACAUAUACGUAGAGGACCGAGACUGGGGGUGUGAUCCUUGUACUUGGAACAUAGAAGAAUCUGGUCCUUGUCAAAAUAAGUGCUUUCCUUGGAAUUCCCCAAGUCCUAAAUCACAAUAA